CCUGUCCUAGGCCAAGGCUUGUCAAUGUUUCUGUUGUCCUCUCAUAUCUAAAGCUACUGUUAAUUACUUUCUUCCUCUUAUAUCUGCCAGUUGUGUUGCAGAUAUGUAUCUUUACUAGAUCAAUAUAUAUGAGAUCAAGCUGCUUUAUAUUUGUCUCUUUUGGCAGUUACUUUUCUGUCCAUUCCUUAUCCAUCUCUAUUCAUCUCUACUCGAGAGGUAAUUUCGGAGCACUUGCGUGAUAGCUGGAGUAUACAUUCAAGAUGUAUCGCAGUCUACGAGCUUCUGAGUCGGACUUGAGCAGACUGCAAAACCCCCCAUCUGCAUCUAGCAGCCGACAUCGCGCUGUAAAGGAAGAGUUAAGAAGGACGGACGGGGUCACACAAAUGCCCCAUCUUGACAAUGACAACAAGCCAGCUAGGCGUCGGAUACAACUUGCUUGCGUACGUUGUCGAAAACGCAAGAUCAAAUGCAGCGGUGAAGCAGCCGAUGGCUCAGGAUGUACCAAUUGCAAGGCGGCAAAUCAAAAACCAUGCGAGUUUUUAAGGGCGUAUUCGACUAAAUGCACUUUUCAAACGCGACCGGAAUCUGGAGAUGUGUUUCUUCAUCCAACAAUAACAAAUACUCCGGCUACAACAUCAAUCCAGUCUCCUUACAAUAACCAAUUCUCCCAGAGUGUUCCCUCGGUGAUGUCUCCUAUGUACCCUAUGCCAGAAACGACUCGGUCGCACUCCGUACCAGACAUGGGCCAGUUUGCUUCCUGGCCAAGAGGGCCAUAUUAUGGGAACAGCUUAUUUGAGGAUGUCUACGCUGUCCACUAUGGCCCAUCCAGUCUAUCAUACAUACAACCCAGCAGCGGCUCUGGUAGCCACGCGGGAUUUUACGGAUCUCCCACCACCCCAAAAGCCUGGGAUACAGUAACCAACAUGGGGAGCAGGUAUCAACUUGCGACUUUCUACACAGAAGCAGACGCCUCACAUUCUUCGGCUCAAAACAUUGUCCUAGCCAGCUCAAACCGAUCCUCUUCGGUCUCGAACGACGUACCAUCUCUAUUCCCUACUAUAAACCUACUCUCCCACAGCGAUGGCUUCACCAGCCGUGUCCUUCCCACACCGACGAGCGAGCUACCUCAGUCAAGCAGCAACACAGCAUCUCCAGGCGACCCCGAGCUACUGGCAUCUGGCCUCCCAUCAAUAGGCGGAGAUAUCGGCGGUGGCAACUACCCCUCUAAGCCCAGCACUUUCAAACUGUACAGACGCAAAGCUGUGUCAGAUUCCGCUGCCAGCGGCGUCCCGAGUUCAUUGCCAACGCUCAAACAGGACGCUUCACCUCAAGAGUAUAUGAGCUACCUGAGCACAGCCCCGCUCACGUCCCCUGGUUUCAGUCGCUCUGGUGCGGCUGAAAGACACAUUGACUCGGAGGACUCGUUGGUUAUGUCUAUGGGCGGUGCCAAAAGUCGUCCCAGCAAUGCCGGGUCAUACGGAUAUGGACGACUAGUGGGGUAUAACUCGUUCAAUUAUAUGGAAUCCUCGUCAACGGCUCAUAGCGUCUCGGAACAACCUGAGUAUUGAGCCAAGCAUGGAUGAAACGGGAGAGAAAUAUCUUUCAUUCUGAAGGGAUCAAGGACACUCGGCCAUAGCUGUGGCAUUAGUCAGGGACUAUGGAUUCUUAUUUCAUAUAUAUCUUGUAUUUUCCUAAUUUGCUGCUCCUCUGUUAAGAUCUCGUCUGGAAUAAUCUGUUAAGAAAAGACUACUAAUUUCAAGG